AUGUCCCCGGCGGACAUCAGACCAACAGACGAUGUGCACGCCCUCGCAGACGCCGCCGCCGAAGUCCAAAUCCACCCUCCCGAAACUGCUAUGUCCAGAACUCCUGAUCCCGUGGCUCCGAAUAGGACACUGACCCCUCAACCGUCCUUGCAUCUCGAUCCCAAUAGACUCUCACCAACGCCUCAGGCCAUGUUCCGUGGACGACCUGGAGAUGGCGAGCCAGUGGCUACUGACCACCGGAGAGUGUCCUCGGAAAAUUUCUCCCCAAGAGACGGUAUCGAAUUGACUCCCUUCCAAAAGAGGACCAUGCGGCACGCAUCGACCUCCGCCAUCAAUCCAGAGAUCCCUCCUCCAACUUCCGAGCCGUUGCAGUAUUAUCACCAGGACGAGGACAAGCGAGCCUCGAAAUUCACCGUCGCCACGGAGGGCUCCGGAGGAGACAGCAUACGAAAUAGCAUCUAUGGCAGAAGUAUGCAGAGACCUGAUUCGGGAUUCUCAAGCACUUCAGACUUCCGAGGGCGGACCACCUCACCCCAGGCCUCCCCCGCUGGUCGGCCCAUUUCUCGCGGUUCGAGGUCGCCCGACACACGGCCACUGUCUUAUGUUGAUCUCUUGAACGUCCCGUAUCCCCAGCCUGCGCCGAGCGGAGCGGAAAACCUGGUGAAUUCUGGACUGCGAUCAGUUGUCGGAGCCAAUGCCUCGUUAUUGUCCACGAGGAAGACUCUGGAGAUGUAUCGGGCAAAUGUCAAGAAAACCCAAGACCCUGCCGUACAAUACGAAUUUGCGGUUUUCAUGAUCAGUGCUGCGCAAGAGGAGGGUCUGGAGUCUGACACAGUGUCCGACGCGGCACAUUCUGAAAAAUCGCACACAUCAGUCCGCGAGGAUCUGUUAAAGGAGGCAAAGCAUAUUCUGCAAAGAUUGUCAGAUCGAUCCUAUCCAUUCGCCCAGUACUAUCUUGCAGACGGGUACGCAUCGGGGCUGUUCAACAAGGCCAAAGAAGACUGGGAUCGUGCGUUUCCCCUGUUUUUGGCGGCGUCAAAACACGGUCAUGCCGAGGCGGGGUACCGAACUGCGUUGUGUUACGAGUUUGGUUGGGGCUCGCGGGUGGAUGCAGCCAAAGCGGUGCAAUUUUACCAACACGCUGCAAGCAAGAAUCAUCCGGGUGCUAUGCUACGACUGGGACGAGCGUGUCUCACGGGUGAUAUGGGGUUGACCAAGCGAUAUCGAGAAGGUGUGAGGUGGUUGAAGCGAGCCGCGGAAUCUGCCGAUUUCCAGUACAACCAAGCUCCUUUCGACCUGGGCUGCCUCCACGAGACAGGCUUCGGCCCGGACGUUUUCAAAGACGAAUCGUACGCUGCCCAACUGUACACCAAAGCGGCCGAUCUAGGACAUGUCGAAGCGAACUACCGACUCGGCGAAGCAUACGAAUAUGGCCAGCUGAACUGCCCCAAGGAUCCAGCCCUCAGCAUCCAUUUCUACACAGGGGCUGCAGAACGUGGCCAUGCACUGUCGCAAAUGGCGCUCUGUGCGUGGUACAUGGUGGGAGUCCCCAAUGUGUUGGAGAAAGAUGAGGCCGAAGCUUAUGAGUGGGCCAAGAAAGCAGCAGAACAAGGGUUGGCAAAGGCGCAGUACACUGUUGGCUAUUUUACUGAGAUGGGCAUUGGGUGUCGUCGUGAUCCGCUCGAGGCGAACGUCUGGUACGUCCGUGCAGCGGAUCAAGGAGAAGAGAGGGCCAAACAUCGUAUCGCCGCCAUCAGGGCUGCAGGGGCAGGCGCAGACCCUCUCACGGCAGCGGCAGGGAAGAAAGGAGCCUUGACUACCAGUAAGAGUUCCGGGAACGUUGGACCUCAGGGUGAGGGAGACUCUGCCACCUUUGGCCACUGA